AUGUUGACCAGGGCUUUCGUAAUAGCCCCCUUGUUGGCUCUCGCAGUCGGCACCCAAAUACCAAUUCUCCAAGAAACAUCACUUCCCUCCCCACCCACCUUCCCCGAGAACAACAACUACAUCAUAACCACCGAAGGCACAAAGCCCAACCAAGGCGCCCAUGCCCUCCUCUCCGGACCCGGGGUAGGAAGGUUCUUCGCACCCAUUAGCGGGAUUGGUUCCGAAGUCACCGGGAAAGGGUUAGCAUGGUACAACCCGUCCUUCACCGCGGGGAACAGAGGUUACGAGGACCCAUCAUUCUACUUCUGCUUCAGCGGCAUCAAGGAGAACUUCCCGCCCAUCGUUAACUGGAUGAACUUCCACGACAUGUUCAAUUUGAACCAAAAUACAACCCUGGUGCACUUCGAUACCGGUCCGGAGCAAGGCGCUAUCUAUGAUGCCAUCGUCCAGGUCUCGCAGGAGGCUAAAGUCGAUGCUAGACUCAUCCUCGCUGUCAUAAUGCAAGAGUCCUCCGGCAAUGUCCGUGUUCCGUGCACAAACAACGGUAUCGAAAAUUGCGGUCUUAUGCAAGCCUUCACAGGCUCGGUCUCCUACGACCCGAACAACAUGGUCGCCUCCAUUCUGCAGAUGGUCCGUGACGGCACCCAGGGGACGGCACAAGGGCCCGGCUACGUGCAGUGGAUCAGCCAGAACAUCCAGACCGAGUACGCGGGCGACACCGAGGGCAACGUUUACCAGGCUGCGCGAGGGUACAACUCUGGGCAAAUAAAUUUCGCAGACCUAUCCGAUCCUAAGGGUGCUACGGGUUCUUAUGUCUCUGACUUGGCGAACAGGUUGCAGGGGUGGAAUGGAGCUUCUUGCGGGAAUCCCUUCUGGGACAGCUGUAAUUUUCCGGAGAAGGCUCACUGCUAG